AUGCAAGGCUUUUGUUUUUGUCGUGUAAAUACCUGCAAGGGCUUGAGGGCUGAGCGGGCUCCUAUUCCCUGGCAGGAGCCAAAAUGCUUGGCUUGCUUACCCGUAGACGAACGGCUUCAGAAGCGACGCAAGCAGAGCAAGAUUUGCGGCAAGUGUGAGCGCGACGUGUCGCGGGCUGGCUUCAGCGACACCCAGUGGUUAGCAGGAAGCACGUCGAAGUGUAAAGAGUGCGUCGCAGAGGAAACCAUGAAAGCGCCAGUCCGCUUGCGCACAUGCCGCACCUGCGGCAUCGAAAAGUGCAAAGACGCAUUCAGCAAGUCCCAGUGGUCCAUGUCUCAGAAGACCGGAAGCCAAUGCCAGGACUGCAGCCAGCAAAAACUCAAGGCCAACGAGGAGAGCUUCAGAACGAAGUACGGAGCUGUGAGCGGCAAUGCUGCUGGUGAGAAGGUGGAAGUGCAGAAGCUCAUUGCGGACAAAGCUGCCGCCGAACGCUGGGUAAUGGAGGCGAGUGAGCUUGCCCUCCCAUCGGAGAAUUUGAAAAGCUACCAGGCCAUGCACUGUCUUCGCAGCACCACGAACUGGCCUGGCCGCGCCAUGGAGCCGGAUGAUUCGGGUAUUCCGGCCAAGCAAAAGCUCAGCUUUCUCCAAGCAGUGCAUGAAGAGCUGUCGCACAUGGGCAGCCGAGAUGGCAUCGUGAAGGCCCUGCAAGAGGAAGGCAAAAGUUGGAGGAAUGUUCAACUUGACGCCCAGUUCGUCGUGUCUCGCUGCGAGAGGUGCAGGAAGAACACGCAGCGCGGACUUUCAGGAGCUUCCAUUCGGCAUCUGCCGACGCCUGGCCAGGCGGGCGAUGUCAUUGGCAUCGACAUGAAAACUGUCCGGCCGAUCAAUAAGGAGAAGUGGAUUUGUCUUUUGGCGGUUUGCUUUACUUCGAAAAAAGCAUUUGCAUGGGAUUUGGACUACGGCUGCGGAGACUUGGAGACUGUGCAAGGGCACCUUCUGCGCUUCUUUUGUGAGCACGAGCUGCCGCUCGUAGUGUGGUCGGACAAUGCUGGAUCCUUUCGCAAUGUGAUAGAGUCAGCGCUCCUCAAGGCUUGCGGGCUCAAAGCAAGACACAUACCACCAGGUCGGCCUCAGUCCAACGGUCUGGUCGAAGUGUUCAACCGCAUCCUUGAUCAAGGUCACAGUCACAUGGGUGAGCGCAAGAAUCUGAUGUCCGCGGUUUUGGCACACAACACACGACCCGACCCCGCGUUGGGCGCCGCUCCGGAGACAUUGUGGCGUACGUUGCGCCCAGCUCUUUCUCGCUGGCGCAACCUACAGCUGCGCACCCUGUUACAGAAGAAUGCAGAGCCUUUGUCUGACGAAGCGUGGCUCGAGUAUUUGGAGCAGAGUGGCACCCUGGGUCCAGAAGACUUCCGCAAAGCAGUUGAGCAGGUGCAAUCAUCUUUGCUUCCGGUGCAGGAAGCCAUAAAUGACUGGCAGGCCCGGGAGCUCAUGAAGAAGAACAUCAAGUAUGAUGCCAGAGCUGCACAAUCCGCAGAAGCGCCGCUAGUUUCGGGGGACCGUGUGAUCGCGAAGUGCACCCAGUACUCGUCCAAAACUGGGUAUGGGAAGUACGAAACGAAGCACGACAAAGUCAGGGAAUACAUCGUGAAGAGCAUCAGCAGCAACUUCGUGGAACUUGAAGAAGUGGGGACGGGGACGCGCUGCUACAAGCAUGAGGCCAACCUGAAGCUGAUGCCCCGCUCGCUUCCUGCUGACGAUGACAACGUGCCAAGUCCGCCUGUCAAGUCGCGGUCUGGCCCGCCGUCUGAGGUUAUGGGCGAGUAUCGCGUCGUCCGCUGCCUCAUGGAUGGAGCAUGUCUUUACCGGGCGCUCAGUAUGGCUCUGGCAUGGCUCGGCGGUCGAGCUUUGCAGGAUCUCCGCGACGAUUCAGAGGCGGCGCAGGUCCUCCGCAGCAGGAUCAUGACGCACAUGCAGCUACACUUGCGCCGGCUAUCGGCCGAGGGUCGCAUUGUCAUGGCCGAUGUUUUGAGCACAGAGAUGGAAGACGACCCCAGUUUUCAGCAAGAAGGAUCCUGGGACUGGCAGCUUUACUUCCAGCAUGCUAAUCAUCCACGGACGUUUGCCACCUUCGCGAACGUCCAGGCCUUCGUUCGCAUGGAAGGCUUGACAGUGGAGAUUUAUCAGAUCGAAGAGGGCGAGCUUAAGCGCGUCUUUACGGAGCCCGGCGUCGGCGAUGGCGGUGCUUGGCGAGGGGGCCCCGUGCGUCUGCUCAGGACAUCCGUACACUACGAUUUGUUAUUACCUGAGAAGAGACCGAAGCGACGUGUCCUGCAGAAGUCUGCGCCAGUACUCUGA